CGUCUUUUCGCGACCUAGUUCUCCCUCUUCCAAAAUGUCUCAAAGUCCUGUAUUCGUUAUGAACACAGCUCCAGCCCGGCAAUCGGGAAGAAAAGCUCAAAUAUCGAACAUCACGGCCGCGAAGGUUCGCAUCUACACAGCGACAUUCUGCGUCUGGCUCAUGGUCGGUAAAGACAGUUGCAGAUGUCAUCCGGACCUGCUUGGGACCAAAGGCUAUGCUCAAGAUGAUAUUAGACCCGAUGGGGGGCAUACUGUGCGACUUACCAACGACGGUAAUGCUAUCCUCCGUGAAAUCGACGUUGCACAUCCUGCCGCGAAGAAUAUGAUCGAACUCAGUCGAACGCAAGAUGAGGAGUGCGGAGACGGAACGACCAGCGUGAUCAUUCUCGCCGGCGAGAUUUUGGCGCAAUCCCUCUCCCAGCUUGAGCGAGACAUUCACCCGGUCGUCAUAAUAUCAGCUUACAACAAGGCAUUGAAAGAUGCGCUCGAGAUCGUGAAGCGGAUCUCUGUGCCCAUCGACACAACGAAUGACCAGGAGAUGCUUGCUCUGAUCAAAACCUCCAUCGGCACCAAAUUCGUCAUGCGGUGGUCCGAUCUUAUGUGCAAGCUGGCUCUUGAAGCUGUGCGCACUGUUGCCCAGGAUGAUAAUGGCAUGAAGACUGUCGACAUCAAGCGCUAUGCGCGAGUGGAGAAAGUUCCAGGUGGCGAGAUUGAACAAAGCUGUGUUCUGAAUGGUGUGAUGUUGAACAAGGAUAUCACACAUCCGCAGAUGCGUCGGCGGAUCGCCAAUCCUCGCAUUAUCUUGCUGGACUGCCCUCUGGAAUAUAAGAAGGGGGAAAGUCAGACCAACAUGGAGUUUUCCAGAGAGGGGGAUUGGGCUCGAGCUCAAGAGAUUGAAGAGGAACAGGUCAAGACGCUGGUGAUGAGGAUACUGGAGUUUAAGCCUGAUCUGAUCCUCACGGAGAAGGGUGUUUCUGAUACUGCACAACACCUGCUCGUCAAAAACAAUGUAUCUGCCUUGCGCCGAGUUCGGAAGUCGGACAAUAACCGUAUUGCUCUGGCUGUGGGCGCAACCAUCGUUAACCGCGUCGAAGACCUGCGCGAAGCUGAUGUCGGUACCAAAUGUGGAUUAUUCAACAUCGAAAAAAUCGGGGACGAAUACUUUUCUUUCUUAACGGAAUGCAAGACUCCGAAAGCAUGCACGAUUCUUCUGCGUGGACCAUCCAAGGAUAUCUUGAAUGAGAUUGACCGGAAUCUUGCAGAUGCUAUGAACGUGGCACGCAAUGUCGUGUUUCACCCAAUGUUGGCGCCAGGAGGGGGAGCGACCGAGAUGGCCAUCAGCGUCGGUCUACACGCGAAAGCGAGAAGUGUUGUUGGCGUCGAAGGUUGGCCAUAUCGUGCCGUGGCUGAUGCGAUGGAGGUCAUCCCGCGUACUCUGGCACAAAACAGUGGCGGCAAUGUCAUACGGAUUCUGACCGAACUGAGGGCGAAGCACGCGAAUGGAGAGUGUUCAUGGGGUAUCGAUGGAAAUACCGGUGAAAUCGUGGACAUGAAAGCCCAUGGUUUGUACGAGUCUGCCAGUGUCAAGAUCCAAACCUUCAAAACCGCUGUCGAGGCUGCCCGUAUGUUACUACGAGUGGACGAUGUUGUACAAGCAGUUCGCAAAGACCGAGGGCACGACUCCGGACCAACACAAGAAGAGAUGGAAGCACAGUAGACAGUCUAUGAUUGAAAAUGAAAUCGACUUGACAUGUACUUUAGAAAACUACUGCCAUUACCGAAUUCGCUGGAAUUUAAGCUGGAAUUUCUCCGUCAUGGAAACAGACGUAGCAACAAUCCGCUGCACAUGCCCACAGGACCCACCAGGAAUCUCCACAAUAGUCCUUCGAUACGAGCGAAGGAGAUAUCCAGCUGUAAGCAAUCCACCAAAAUGAAUGUGGGAACAGUAAUGGCAAUCGUUUGGAACAAACUGAAUGGUGCUGGAAACGUAUGCGGUGCUGAAUAGGACAGCACAGCCCGCACCAACAAUGCGCGGGCGCUACGGCCGAUUGAAGGGGAAUAUGAAUCCCAGCCGGAACUAUGCAGAUCCAGUCCUCGUCCCUGGACGAUAAAUAUGAAGAGGGAGCACGAGAUCGCGGCAAUGAGAAUAAAGAACAUGUAUAGAACGGUUGUCCGUGUUUGGAUCGGAGUCGGAAGGAGGCUAGACGAGAAGAAGGUCUCCGAGAGCGCCAUGGACAGCCAAAUCAUGGCUAGGACGAAGAUGGGUAGGAAGAACAAGAUUAUUGGGAGGACAAUGUUGUAGACCCCAUGCGUCAGAAACCAGGCAAAAGGAAGGCUGCGGUGCACCUUGUACAGGAACAGUGGUGAAGGCGGGUGGGGAAAAUGGAACUGCAAAGCGUGAAAAGCAAAGCAGAGGAGGAGGACGUUGAAGGCAACACUGCCGGCGAAUGGCACCGCGGGCAAGGAAAUUAGGAACAUGGCGAGCGUCACAGCGAAGGGCAACUUGAAGGCGUUCCAAGUUCUGGUAAGGAUAGAACCCGAAAACAAAAUGAGAAGGAUUUCUCUGGCGCCAAUGUAAUUGGGGCGGGAAGUUUCGUUGGUGAGCGGUUCCGGGGGUGGGCGCAUCACAUAACUGACGAGCAGCCCGAAAUAUGCCAGAUGCGUGAUGAGG